CCGAAAAAGCGUAUUUGCUGGAUUUUGCUUAGCACAGGUGUGCUUUCUAAACUGAAAAUCCAGGUGUGUCAGCUCUGACGCACUACCUGUCUAAAAAUAUCCCAUUGAAGACGGUUUUACAUCCGAAAACCUGUCUAACAGGUUUAUUUUGACAUCAUAGCUGUUUCUUGAUUUGUCCAUUACGUGCUAGUUUCUGGACUAUUAAAGUCACAAAUAUGCUUUGUAAGUAGCAUUUUCUUUGUGGACCUGUACAGUUAAGGAACGGAACCGUAGUACCAGAAAGCUGUUCAGCAGUUGUGUGGGUUGUCAUUAUUGCCUGUCAGAUCUCAUGGCAACAUAUCAGGAGUUCAUCCAACAAAACGAGGAGCGGGAUGGGGUGCGGUUCAGCUGGAACGUGUGGCCCUCGAGCCGUCUGGAGGCCACCAGGAUGGUGGUGCCCCUCUCCUGCCUCUUCACCCCUCUGAAGGAGCGUCCCGACCUCCCUCCUGUGCAAUACGAGCCCGUGCUCUGCAGCAGACCCAACUGCAAAGCUGUGCUCAACCCCCUCUGUCAGGUUGACUUCAGGGCCAAACUGUGGGCAUGCAACUUUUGUUUUCAGAGAAAUCCAUUCCCCCCAGCAUAUGCAGGUAUAUCAGAGGUCAACCAACCAGCUGAGUUAAUGCCACAGUUCUCUACUAUUGAAUACAUUGUACAGCGUGGUCCACAGACUCCUUUGAUCUUUCUAUAUGUUGUGGACACCUGCUUGGAAGAGGAAGACCUUCAGGCCUUGAAGGAGUCUUUACAGAUGUCGCUGAGUCUCCUGCCUCCUGAUGCCUUAGUAGGCCUGAUUACCUUUGGCAGAAUGGUGCAGGUGCAUGAGCUUAGCUGUGAGGGCAUCUCCAAGAGCUAUGUUUUCAGAGGAACUAAGGACCUGUCUGCUAAACAAAUCCAGGAAAUGUUGGGCCUUAUGAAGCCUGUAGCACCAGUGCAACAGGGAAGGCCUGUUCAACCUCAGGAUGUGUCUGUCUCCAGCAGGUUUUUGCAGCCUGUGCAUAAGAUUGAUAUGAAUCUCACUGACCUGCUUGGGGAGCUGCAGAGGGACCCCUGGCCUGUACCACAGGGAAAACGACCCCUCCGAUCUACUGGAAUUGCCUUGUCCAUAGCUGUGGGCCUGUUGGAGGGUACAUUUCCAAACACUGGGGCACGUAUAAUGCUCUUCACUGGUGGCCCUCCAACUCAAGGUCCAGGAAUGGUUGUUGGAGAUGAGCUGAAGACCCCAAUUCGCUCCUGGCACGACAUAGAGAAGGACAAUGCACGCUACCUGAAAAAGGCCACAAAGUAUUAUGAAGCUUUGGCCAACCGUGCUGCAGUGAAUGGUCACUGUAUCGAUAUCUAUGCCUGUGCUUUGGACCAGACAGGUCUUCUGGAGAUGAAGUGCUGUUCAAACCUUACAGGGGGAUACAUUGUGAUGGGGGACUCUUUCAACACUUCUCUUUUCAAGCAGACCUUCCAAAGAGUCUUCAGUAAAGAUUACAAUGGUGAAUUCCGGAUGGCUUUUGGGGGCACUUUGGAAGUUAAGACAACAAGGGAAGUCAAGGUUUCUGGAGCAAUUGGCCCCUGCAUUUCCCUUAAUGUAAAAGGACCAUGUGUGUCAGAAAAUGAAAUGGGAGUGGCCGGUACAAGCCAGUGGAAGGUGUGCAGUCUUAACCCAUCCACAACACUUGCAAUGUAUUUUGAAGUUGUUAAUCAGCAUAAUGCACCAAUACCUCAAGGAGGAAGAGGAGCUAUUCAGUUUGUCACACAGUACCAGCAUUCCAGCACACAACGACGAAUCAGAGUUACUACAGUUGCUAGAAACUGGGCAGAUGCACAAUCCCAGCUUCAGCACAUAGAGGCAUCAUUUGACCAGGAGGCAUCAGCUGUGUUGAUGGCACGACUAGGUGUAUUCAGAGCUGAAUCUGAAGAGGGACCUGAUGUCCUCAGAUGGCUUGACAGGCAGUUAAUAAGGCUAUGUCAGAAGUUUGGACAGUUCAAUAAAGAUGACCCUAAUUCUUUCCGGUUGUCGGAGUCAUUUUCCCUCUACCCACAGUUCAUGUUCCAUUUGCGGAGAUCACCAUUCCUUCAGGUGUUUAAUAACAGCCCAGAUGAAUCAUCUUACUACCGCCACCAUUUUGUAAGACAGGACCUGACGCAGUCACUGAUCAUGAUCCAGCCUAUUUUGUAUUCCUACUCCUUUUAUGGACCUCCUGAGCCAGUGCUUCUGGAUAGCAGCAGCAUUCUACCAGAUAGAAUUCUACUAAUGGACACAUUCUUCCAGCUUGUGAUCUACCAUGGAGAGACUAUCGCACAGUGGCGCAAAGCUGGCUACCAAGAGAUGCCAGAAUAUGAAAACUUUAAGCAGCUGCUUCAGGCUCCUUUAGAUGAUGCCCAAGAAAUCCUGCAAACCCGGUUCCCAAUGCCUCGUUACGUUGACACAGAGCAUGGUGGCAGCCAGGCUCGAUUUCUCCUGUCAAAAGUGAACCCAUCACAGACUCAUAACAACCUUUAUGCGUGGGGACAGGAAUCCGGAGCGCCCAUCCUAACGGAUGAUGUCAGUUUACAGGUGUUCAUGGAUCAUUUGAAGAAACUGGCUGUUUCUAGUGCCUCGUGAUUGCCAUAAUAUGAUCUGCUGAAGGGCUUUUUUGUGGGACCUACUGACAUUUCAAAUUAAGAAACUGAAAUGGUUUUAUUUUUGUAACAAAUAACUUAUGGCAUGAAAAAAACGACAGUUCUAGAAAUGUGAAAAGGGUCAACCAUCUUUUUGCAUUCUUCACACCUUUUUAUAAUUCCUUUCUUUUUCACCUUAAGGAAAUUAGUGAAGAUUAAUUGGUUUAGAUAUAGUAAGCUUAACUGUACUAUACUAAUUGUUACAGAAACCUUUCUGUAUAUUUCUACAAAUUAAGGUAUUAUAUAAAAUGCUUUUAAGAAUAGCAAGUUCUUAAAAAGUGUCCUCUUGAGACCAUCGUUGUGAAACCAUUGUCAUUAUAGAACGUUUUCCCUCUGGUUUUGAAAAGUAGAUGACUUGCUCAUUGCUCGAUGACAAGAGACAUGCAACAUAAUGUAAGGUUUAGGAAAGUAAGUGUCAAUUUCUGCUUUGCACAAUGUGAAGAUCUUGCAGUAGUUGUAUUCUACUUGUGGGUUUGUGAAUAUUUCAAUUGUCUAUAUUGUAAAAAAACAUCUUUCUCUGGACUUGUUUUAGUUCUUUGCUUCCAUAUUAGAACAGAUAAAAUGCAAAUAAAAACGGAAAGGAGUGUCAUUGCAUUGUUUGGGCAAAAAGCUUCAUUUAUAGUAAACAAAUAAUGAUGCAUUAGAAUCUACUAAUGGCAUUUUCCAUGCACAAUAAAACAGAAGAAGUUUGUCAA